CGCCCUGUAGUCAUAGCAACGUCCAUCAAACAGACCCGUUGUUGUUGCAGUCUUCCUGAAAGUGUUCAGAUAUUUAAAAUACUUCAGUCUGAGGGGUUUAAACAACACACUGUGAGUAUGGAAGAGGUCGAGAAUGACCUGAAGAAGAAUACAGGUGAGCUGGGCCUGAUGAUGGAGAGGGUGGAGGACCAGAUCAAAACCCUGAAACAGGCUUACAGGGAGGAGCUAGCCAGCUUUGAGAGAAUUUACCAGCAGGAGAGCGACAUCUUACUCACAACAGACAAGACUGAAUGGGAACAUCGCUUGAAUGAACUCUGGGACAAAGAGCUGGCGAGGCUCACGCUGAGGCAGAGAGAAGUGGAGGACUCUGAAGAGAAAGUUCGAGAUCUCUUGUUUCAGACUCUUAACCACUUCAACAAAUACCAGUUAGAAAAUAACGAACAGUCUAUGGUUCUGAAAAGAGACAGUCAAUCAUUCAAAGCCAGCAGCAGGGUCACAAAAAUGAAGGAGGGGAAAAAAAAGUUAAUGGAAACCGUCAACCUGGCACCGAUGAAGAAUCGGCUUCUGAGUCUGAAGACAGAGCUCAAAAACCUCAAGGUUCAGUGUAGCAGCCAGGUGAAACAAUUCACAGAGAGGAGCCGUCAACUGUCCGAUCGCUUCAAACACAACAUCAAGGAGUAUGAACACACACAGAGGAAGAUACAGCAUUUUGCAGUGGCUGAUGGGAAACAGUUUGAGCAGAUGUGGCUGAUGGUUGAAGACGAGGUUAAGCAGUUAGUGAAGGAGGUUAUGCUUUUAGACUCGCUGAUCUGCAAACAGCACCUCGGCUUAGCUUGGGAGCGACCUCAUAUGGCGUUAAUGGAGCAGACUGGUCCCAUCCAGCCUCAAAAAGAGGCCCCGAGUCCUGCUCAGCCGGCUGUCUCCACGUCUUUUCACACCAUGCAGGCUUCACAGGGGCGUCAGAGGAUGAUGGAUGCCUCAGUUGGGCCAACCCUGGAGACUUACACCAACACAGGAGUGCACAAGGAGGACGCAGCAGGGCAGAGUGAGGGUGGGGUAGCAGUGGAGGAGGGGAAGCUGUCCAAUGAGACAGUGAAGAAAGUGAUGAAGCUGCUGUGUGAUGAGGCGGGCUUCCUGCUGGAGGGAAAACUGCUCAGUCUGCUGGGUCCUCUGGAGGAAGAGGAACAAACAGUAGUGAAGCUGGGCCCCCUCCUCUUUGUUUUAGGCAUCGAGAAGGAAGAUGUUCCCAGAUUGGCUCAUUUCUUAUUAAAGUAUAAAAACCAGCAGAGAGAGCAGACUGAGGAUGUUUGUGUAGAGUCAGGUGAAUACGGUGACAAGGAAGAGGAAGUGGGGACCUGCUCUUCCAGUCAUGUGACCUCUGAACUCAUUGAUCCUAACCAUAUCUUGCCGGCACUUAAUAGCUUCCUGAAGCAGCAUGUGAGGUCCAGGGAGGUCUCAGCGCAUCAUCUCAGUUUUCAGUAUGAAGCAGUGCGGGACACUUCAGAGGACGAAGCCUACUGGGAGAGCAUGGGCAACAUCAUCUCUGAGGAUAAAGUGAAGGUGUGGGAAGCUGCAGAGAACAAAAUAAAGCAGUACCAUGCAAAGCUGACAGAGGUCUCAGAGCUCGUCACAGAGACUCAGGGUUUGGAGCAGCAGAAUACAGAGCUGAGGAGGCUGCUGCAGCAGCAUCAUCUAUAGUCUACACUCAACACAGAGCUGGAGACACCAUAGCCUAUGGUUAACAUGGAAUCAGCAAAGCUCGGACACUGCUGAAAGUCAAACAAAAAAUAAAGCCUCUUUUGCAUCAC